ACAACAACACGUCCACCAACCCGUCCACCAACAAGAGCUACCCCACCACCAACAAGAGCAACACCACCACCAACUCGUCCACCAACCCGUCCACCAACAACUUAUUUGCCCCCAACUACACGUGCAACUCAACCACCAACACGACCACCAACCCGUCCACCAACUCGCCCUCCAACUCGUCCACCAACACGUGCUACUACUCCAGCACCAACAUACUUACCACCAACAAAUAAACCACAACCUCCAGUGACAACUACUCGUCCACCAACCCGUCCACCAACAAGAGCAACUCCACCACCAACAAGAGCAACACCACCCCCAACUCGUCCACCAACACGUCCACCAACUCCACCACCAACUCGUCCACCAACCCGUCCACCAACUCCACCACCAACACGUGCUACAAGUACCCCAGCUCCAACUUAUUUGCCACCAACAAAUAAACCACAACCUCCAGUAACAACAACUCGUCCACCAACCCGUCCACCAACAAGAGCAACUCCACCACCAACUCGUCCACCAACACGUCCACCAACAACUUAUUUGCCUCCCACUACAAGAGCAACUCAACCACCAACUCGUCCACCAACCCGUCCACCAACAACUUAUUUGCCACCAACCACAAGAGCAACUCAACCACCAACCCGUCCACCAACUCGUCCUCCAACACGUCCUCCACCAACUUACUUGCCACCAACAAAUAAACCACAACCACCAGUAACAACUACACGUCCACCAACUCGUCCACCAACAAGAGCAACUCCACCACCAACUCGUCCUUCCAGUACUCCAGCACCAACUUACUUGCCACCAACAAAUAAACCACAACCACCAGUAACUACAACUCGUCCACCAACCCGUCCACCAACAAGAGCUACUCCACCACCAACUCGUCCACCAACUCGUCCACCAACCCGUCCACCAACAACAUAUUUGCCCCCAACUACACGUGCAACUCAACCACCAACACGACCACCAACUCGUCCACCAACCCGUCCACCAACAACUUAUUUGCCCCCAACUACACGUGCAACUCAACCACCAACACGACCACCAACCCGUCCUCCAACUCGUCCACCAACACGUGCGACAACUCCAGCACCAACAUACUUACCACCAACCAAUAAACCACAACCUCCAAUAACAACAACUCGUCCACCAACCCGUCCACCAACAAGAGCAACUCCACCACCAACAAGAGCAACUCCACCACCAACUCGUCCACCAACCCGUCCACCAACUCCACCACCAACUCGUCCAUCAAGUACUCCAGCUCCAACUUAUUUGCCACCAACAAAUAAACCACAACCACCAGUAACUACAACCCGUCCACCAACUCGUCCACCAACAAGGGCUACUCCACCACCAACAAGAGCAACUCCACCACCAACUCGUCCACCAACCCGUCCACCAACAACUUAUUUGCCCCCAACUACACGUGCGACUCAACCCCCAACACGGCCACCAACCCGUCCACCAACCCGUCCACCAACUCGUCCACCAACACGUGCUACAACUCCAGCACCAACAUACUUGCCACCAACAAAUAAACCACAACCUCCAAUAACAACAACUCGUCCACCAACCCGUCCACCAACAAGAGCUACUCCACCACCAACUAAAGCUACUCCACCACCAACUCGUCCACCAACACGUCCACCAACUCCACCACCAACUCGUCCACCAACCCGUCCACCAACUCCACCACCAACACGUGCUACAAGUACCCCAGCUCCAACUUAUUUGCCACCAACAAAUAAACCACAACCUCCAGUAACAACAACUCGUCCACCAACCCGGCCACCAACAAGAGCAACUCCACCACCAACUCGUCCACCAACACGUCCACCAACAACUUAUUUGCCUCCCACUACAAGAGCAACUCAACCACCAACUCGUCCACCAACUCGUCCACCAACCCGUCCACCAACAACUUAUUUGCCACCAACUACAAGAGCAACUCAACCACCAACCCGUCCACCAACUCGUCCACCAACACGUCCUCCACCAACUUACUUGCCACCAACAAAUAAACCACAACCUCCAGUAACAACUACACGUCCACCAACCCGACCACCAACCAGAGCGACUCCACCACCAACAAGAGCAACUCCACCACCAACUCGUCCACCAACCAGACCACCAACACCUCCUCCAACGACCAAACAUCCUGGUUACAAUUACCCCGUACCUAGCAUUCCCUUCGAGUACUAAGCUCUGUUUGUCAAACUGCUGUAACGCUGCACAUAUAUUUCAACUGUGAAGCAGCGUUUAGUGAUAAUGAUCACUGCCUUUAAGUCUAGCAAAAUGGUACCAUCUAUUUGUCUAGGGCUAGAUACAUCUAGUCAAUACACUGUAAAAAUUUUUGUUUUUUGCAAUUGCAAGAAUUCAUGUUUUGUUUAUAUAUUUUUUAAUUAAUAAUAUUCUUAUAAUUACUCAUAGUUUUACUCUGCAAGUCGAUAGCAAACGCGUGAAUUUUUGUACAGCACGUUUGUA